AAUGUUGCUCACAAGACGCAGAUCUGAUGAUAGUGUCAUAGGCUGAAAGGAGGAAGCCAGAGUGUUACAGUAAUUGUAGGGUUUUAUUAUUCAAUCUCACAAUUCUUUACUUUAAAAAAGGAACAGAUACUUAUUACAAUGUCAAAGAAUACUGUAUCUAAUCGAUUCAGGACGGUGGACGUGGACGAAUACGACGAGAAUAAAUUUGUUGACGAAGAGGAUGGAGGCGAAAACCAACUGGGUCCUGACGAGGCAGAAGUGGACUCACUAAUCAGACAAGGCAACCUUAUGGAGGCCUUACAGGCAGUCCUGAAGAACCCUCCAAUCAAUACAAAGAACCAGAAUGUCAAGGACCGUGCAGAAAGCCUGGUGUUGAAGGUAUUGAGCUCUUUUAAGAGCAGUGAAAUUGAGAAGGGGGUCCAGUCACUGGAUAAAAAUGGAGUGGACCUGCUCAUGAAGUAUAUCUACAAAGGCUUUGAGACACCAUCAGACAACAGUAGUGCUGUUCUGCUUCAGUGGCAUGAAAAGGCACUAUCUGCAGGCGGAGUUGGAUGCAUUGUCAGAGUGCUAACAGCCAGGAAGACCAUCUAACUUGAAGACCAUUGUCUUACAUCACAUAAGGCGUAGGUUCUGCCUGCACUGACUCCUUGAGACGCUUUGCGAAUGUAAUGACGCCAUCCGAUGUAAGACAAUGGGGAACAGUUCCUCCAUGUCCUUCACAGCUUCUGUCUGGUACACUUUACAACACUUGGAAGAUACAGUAUAGAUCCAAGGGGACCACAGAAGACAUUCCUCCAUCCCUCUGUGCUUCUUCUCAGAUCUUACUUACAACUGUCUUCCUGUAUAUACACGCUCAACAACUCUUUCACUCAUUCACCCAAACACCCAAGACAUGCCAUAAUUGGUAUACUCCAUUGCCUUCCCUCCCUAGUCCUCCGAAUAUACACAGACACAAUGUUACAAUGCUCUUUGUAGGUCUUGGUUUUCUUAUCUCAGGAAAAUAUUUUUUUAUUGAAUCUCUGGUAGUGUAUUGUCAAACCAAGUUGAUCAGAUAAUUAUUGAUGGAACACAAGCUUUUAAUUCCCCAGAUAUCCCUAAUUUGAUCUUUGUCAUGAAUGCUAGUUGGAGGCCCUUAAAAAUCACAGGGUUUUUGAGCCUGCAAAGGAUGUUUGACCAUUUUGUCUGGCCAAAAUGGGGAUUACCCCCCCCCCCCCCCCCCCUUACUACUAUUCUUAUUAAUCCUAGGCUGAUCCAGUCAAGACACAUGUUCUGUCACAGACUGAAUAACUCGCUGACUUGAGCCUAACGGGCAUUAGUAUAUCAAGCUCAGUUGUCACUAUUUUAUUAGGGACGCUUUUCUACUGAUUUGAGAACCGUUUCAAUCAGGACCCAUUGAUUUUGUGAAAUGCUUUAGGUUUUGCCCUUUAAUUAUCACGCAUACAUUCCCUCUGUACCAAAAUACUAGUACCUUUUUGAAUGCCAUCACUUAGUCCUUCACAGUUUAUCUUGGUAUUUCUAAACAUCAUUAGGGGUUUUCAGCUAACUGAGCAGUACUUCAGAAAAGCUUCAAAAUAUAUACUCUAUAUUACAUUGAAUACGAGUUGCAAUUAGUCAUCUUUCAAGGCCUAGUAUUUAGAAUACAAAAAUGUACAUAAAGUAUCGUCCAUUAGGUAGGACAAUAUGUUUUUGGUUCACUACCUGGGUUUUGUUGAUUAGCUCAUUGCUUUCCUGAAACGUCUCAGUGUAAACAGAAAUUGCUACUUGGAUUAAAGCCUUAAGCAGCUUUUGACCAAUGGUUGCUCAGUUUAGGGCUAUUUCUUUUACAAUUGUUAACAUUUAAAAAAUAUCAGUCCAUUCCUUUGAAGCACUUUUUGUUUGGGGACCAAUAUCAGUAUUCUCGCUAUAGAGAUCCUAUCAAAUUGAUUAAAUGUUUCAAAUUGUUCUAAUAUUUAAUACAAUGAUGUCGUGGGAGGGAAAAAAGUAUAAUAAAUGGUGUCCUAUUCUGUAUACAUAAGUGUACUACAGACCUAUGGGUCCUGGUAAAUUAAGUGCAGUAUGAACAGGGUGUAGUUAAUAGUUUCUUUCCUGUUUUCAUGUUCUCAUCGUUGAUGAUGCAGCCAAACAUUAGUAACUGUUUAAUAAUGUUGCAGUAGAAAUGUUAAAUGCUGAAGUGAAAAAUCCCACAGAACAUACCAAACUGGUGUACUUACUGCCUUAAUAACAAUAAUAAUUUUUUAUGUGUGUGCUUUUGUGAUUAAAUAUUAUAAAAGAUAUGUAAAAAAAAAAACAAUUUGAGUUAUUUAUGAGUGAAGUACUUGUAGGGGAUAAAUAUUUGAAG